AUGGCCUUAGAGGGCACGGAAAGCCAGGAGGGCUCAGAGAGGAUUGAGAUCAUCUGGUCGAACGAAGCAUUCAAAACUAUGGCAAAUUCCAGUUCAGUUCCCUCCGGGUCAUUUUACCAACUCCUUCUUUAUGGUAAGCAGUUCGUGGUUGAGGAUAGAGGACCAACGGUCAAGCCCACCUGGUUGCUGUCGCCACUGCUUGGUUGUUAUGUCAAGACAUCGAGUCUCUUAGCAUAUGUGUCCGAAGACCUUGAAAACGAAACUCUUAGUGAGGUCGAAGUGUACGAACUAGCAGGACGCUCAUGGUCGGGUAUCGGGGCUCUGUUUCAAGUAUACGUCAUCCAACUCGGCGACCUGCAAUCCCAGGUCUUCGUUAGGACACCGUUUGUUACCGAAGAUCGGGAGCAACUAUUGACGACCUCAAUUGGCAUUUCGCAAUACAUUUACAAUGCAUUAGCCUCUGAGAAUGGCAAGAUAGAGAUGUCCACACUUUGA